CAAGCUGUUUCGGGAUGAUGAGAAGGCUCAGUACCAGGAGCAGGGGCGACACCUUAUUCCUUGGAUGGGAGACCCCAAGAUCAUGAUCGAUAGGUCGGUGUAAUACAACCCCCAGACUGUGCUGCGAGAUCUCCUGUGAUAGCCUCUUUCUGUUCCCCCCCCCCUUGUGCUGUGGGCAGUGAGGGCGGGGGUUGAGCAGACGGCUUGCUCUGGCAGGCGCGUCGGGAUCUUCCGUGACGAGGCUGGAGGCAGCUCCUCCCGGCACAGCGCUCCGAGGGUGCUCUGGCAGCGCUGCAGGGCCCCCCCGGCUGCGGGAACUUGGGGUUUCCCGCUCUGGCAGCGCUGUGAGGUUCCUCUCCUCCUGGCAAGUCAGCGUGUGAUGGGUCUUUCUGCUCUACUUGUUAAGGCAGGGGCGGCAGGGUGGAGAGUGGGAAUGAUCUGUUCCUUUUCAGUGCAAACCACAAACAUCCUCUUUUUUCACUUGGAAUCCAAGGGAGCCUGAUUGUGGGAGUAUUUAUUAAGCACAUUGUAUGUUCUGUAGGUGAGAACAGGGCAGUGUGGGGAAUGCAAAGGUGCUUAUCCACCUUAAAGGAAAUGGGGAUUUCCUGUUUCUCCUACAUAAUCUGGCUGCAGGCUGUUGAUGGGACACCCCAAAAGCAGUUCUUGGUCUCUUUUCCUGAUGCCAUAAUUUACUGUAUUAGACAGAAUGGAUUUGAUUUUGGGUGCUUGCUCUUGAAAUUUUAUGUUAGGGCUGGCUUCUUUUGGUUGUUCUGCCACAGGUCCAGGUUUGUGGCCACAGAGAGUAAUAGAGUCUGCUUUGAUGUUCCUUCUGGUCUCUUGAGUUGCUUCAGCACUGCAGGGUGGGAUUUGGAAAUAAAUUCAUUCAGAAAGGGUUACCUGAAUAUUUUGUUGGACAAAAUGAAGAUGUGAGAUCAGGUUGGUUAUAUUUGAGUGGAGCACUGAAGGAAUAAUUUAAGAGUGUGGCUGACCCUGAAAACCUCAGUGGGAAGGAUGGAAGGAUUUUGGUUUGAAAAGAGUCACAUAACAUACUAUAGAUAUUUGUUCCCUCAGUUUCAUCACUGCUUUGGUGCUAGACAGGAUUUUCUUACUUUGACUUAAAAGCUGUAUUUGUCUUGGAAAAAUGUCAGUAAGGGAAGGUCUUUUGAUUGCCUUCCAUAGGACUGGAGAAAAAAGAAAUAACCUUGCACUGUUUUGGUGCUUACACCAUUAAUGAUCACUGAAAUAAAUUUGUGAAAUUGGAGUAGACCCAAAGGCAGGACAAAACAGCCAUAAAUAUUUGUAGCUAGCUGUGUUUCAUUUCUCACUUACAUAGCAAUGGAAAUGUUGUGUUGCACACUUCUAAUUAAAAUAAUUUCUGUGAUUGAUCUCAUUCAUAGGUAGAGGCUGUUUUUGGAGUGCUCUGCAGCAGAGCCCCAUUCACAGGUGUUACAUAAAUUGUAGGGAGCAAACACUAAGUAUGUGCAUGCCUGUACACACAUACUGAAAUACCAAAUAACGUACAUUUGUGAGUUAAGGCAGCUUGCAAUUGCUAAUCUUAUAAACUCCUUUGGAAGCUUAGAUUCCUUUUAUCUCCAGCAGCAGGAAGUCUUCAUUUUCAUCAUUUUGACAAAAGCACAUUGCUGUGAAAAUACUUGGGUUCAACUUUGCUUGUGGACAGAGCUUGAUUAACCAGACCUAUGUUUCAUUUGCUUUUUGCUAUAAGAAUAUUUACUUUCUUUGUUUUUGGUCUAGCAAGUUGGCACAAGUCAAGAGUUGUGUGUGGGAAGACACGUCAGCGGAGUCGAGCUUAUUGUCACUUUACUUUCCAAUCAGUUUCUCUUACUGAUGCAUAAACAUUAUCCCAAUGCAGUGCUUUUCCUGCAAAUAAAGUGAUUUCUUAGUAGAAGGGAACUGUACAUCUUUGAUCUUUGCCAAUUUUUGCGGUGAACCUCCUUAAAUUGCAUGUUUAUGUUACUGUUCCUAUGUAUGUGUGUCUCUCUAUCACAUAACCCAGAACUUAUUUCCUCAGCCAAAUGGCUAGGGGCCGAGCCUAGCCAUGAUUUUACCUCCAAUGGACGCAAGUUUCUAUGGUGAAGAUUUCUCCUGAGAGUUCGGGACUAGCAGAAAGAAGCGAGGAAAUUUCGACCGUUUGGUUCUUACGGAUAGGUAUGAUGGGCGCGGUCACCUGCAUGACCUUUCUGAAUAUGAUGCUGAGUAUUCCACCUGGAACAGAGAUUAUCAAUUGUCUGAAGAGGAGGCUAGAAUAGAAGCCCUCUGUGAUGAAGAGAGAGGAGGAAUAUAAAAGACUCAGUGAAGCUUUGGCAGAGGAUGGUACCUAUAAUGCAGUGGGAUUCCGUUAUGGAAGUGAUUAUUAUGACCCUUCAGAACCCACUGAAGAGGAGGAGCAUCAGCCUGCAAGACAAAGAGAAACAGCUCAGACAGAAAAUACAGAGGAAAACGAGGAACCUUUUGUUGCCCCUCCAGGACUGAAUGUACCUUCUGAUGUGGAACUGCCACCAACAGCAAAAAUGCAUGCAAUCAUUGAGCGAACUGCAAACUUUGUGUGCAAGCAGGGAGCCCAGUUUGAGAUCAUGCUGAAAGCCAAGCAAGCACGCAACUCCCAGUUUGACUUUCUGCGGUUUGAUCACUACCUCAAUCCCUACUACAAGUUCAUCCAGAAGGCCAUGAAAGAAGGACGCUAUGCGGCUCCUUCAGAAAGUAAAGCUGAUGAGAAAAAACACUCGAGAGUCAAAUCUGAGGAAGAUGAUGAUGAUGAUGACGACGAUGAUGGAAAUUAUCUUCAUCCAAGUCUUUUUGCAUCUAAAAAAUGCAGUAGGCUUGAAGAGCUCAUGAAGCCUUUGAAGGUAGUAGACCCUGAUCAUCCCCUUGCAGCCCUGGUGCGCAAAGCACAAUCAGAUAAUAAUUCAUCUACGCCACAGUCAACAGACGGGGCAGCUGUGCAGACAUCACAGGCAGAAUAUUCCUCUGAUUCAACUGUGGCAGCCAUGUAUUAUAGCUACUACAUGCUCCCUGAUGGAACCUAUUGCCUGGCGCCUCCACCUCCGGGAAUUGACGUCGCUGCCUACUACAACGCCCUGCCCUCCGGGGUGACUGUGUCCAGCACUACAGGGGUAGCCACGGUUCCUCCCCCUCCUGGUACCACACCCCCGCCUCCCCCAGACACAGCUGACAGCACCAGUGCAUUGACUUCCACCACAACAUCUACAAGCACAAUUGCUCCGGUAGUUGCCAUUAUACCUCCACCUCCAGAUAUCCAACCUGUUAUUGACAAGCUAGCUGAGUAUGUUGCUAGGAAUGGGGUAAAAUUUGAAACUAGUGUUCGUGCCAAGAAUGACCUCAGGUUUGAAUUCCUGCAACCAUGGCACCAGUAUAAUGCAUAUUAUGAAUUUAAAAAACAGUUCUUCCUUCAAAAAGAGAGCGGUGACAACUGCCAGGGAGUAUCUUCUUCUGAAGAUGUUCCAGCAGACACUGCCAGUGAUACACCGAGUGAGACUCAAUUUGCAGAUGAACAUGCACCUGAAGAUGCAUCUGAGCCAAGUGCUAAGGGAGUUUCAGGAACUAAAAAGGAUGUUCCUCCUCCUAAAGCUGUCAGUGAUGGUAAACUCGUGAAAGCAUCCUUUGCUCCGAUAAGCUUUGCAAUCAAGGCCAAAGAAAACGACCUUCUUCCUUUGGAGAAAAACCGUGUUAAAUUAGAUGAUGACAGUGAUGAGGAGGAAGAGGAGGGAAAGGAAGGCCAAGAGGGUGCUAACAGUGCAUCAAACCAUACUCCAGCAAUUACCGCUCCUUGUACUGCUCCUGAAGAGAAAAAGCCUCAACUUACACAGGAGGAGUUGGAAGCUAAACAAGCAAAGCAGAAGCUAGAGGAUAGAUUAGCAGCUGCAGCAAGGGAGAAGCUUGCACAGGCCUCCAAAGAAUCAAAGGAGAAGCAGCUACAAGCAGAACGCAAAAGGAAAGCUGCCUUGUUUUUGCAGACCCUGAAAAACCCUCUGGCAGAGGCAGAAACUGAGAAGAUUGAGGAGAAUUCCUUCAGUAGUGAGAGUGUCAGUAGUAUACCAUGUCCUGUGACUGCAGUCAGAACUUUACCCACCUUAGAAGUUAAACAAGCAGAAGGGCCUUCAAGCAGAAGCAGAGAUCCUCCUAGGAAUGAAGAGAAGGAAAAGAAAAGGAAAAAACACAAGAAAAGAUCUCGGUCAAGAUCUCGAUCACCAUUCAAGUAUCAUUCAUCAUCUAAGUCCAGGUCUAGAUCACAUUCAAAAGCAAAACACUCACUUCCCACUGCCUAUAGGACUGUCAGGCACUCAAGGUCACGAUCAAGGUCACCCCGGAGAAGGGCUCACACACCAGAACGGCAGAGAGACGAGAGAAGCGUUCCCACAGCGUAUCGCAUCAGCAAUAGUCCUGGGAACAGCAGGAAACGGCCCCGCUCCAAAAGUCCCCAUGAAAAGAAGAAGAAGCAGCGGUCUAGAUCACGUACUAAAUCCAGAGCUAGAUCUCCUUCUCCAUCCAUGUCACCAGGCAAACCAUCCACACACAAAAAUUCUGUACAUUCAACUAGUGUCUCUCCUGUGGAGAGCAGGGAAUCCAGCCAGGAACGCUCCAGGGGAGUUUCUCAGGAAAAAGAUGGUCAAAUCUCUUCAGCAAUUGUGUCGUCAGUGCAGAGUAAAAUCACUCAGGAUCUUAUGGCCAAAGUGAGAGCAAUGCUUGCAGCUUCCAAAAACAUCCAAACCAGUGCCUCCUGAGACCUGUUGGAAUUGACCAGGAAGAAAUUGCGUGAAAAGAACAAUUGGAACAGAACUGCCUCAUCUCAAAUGAGCUGAGCUUGGCUCACUUGGAUCACAACUCGCCUAAUUUACCAGAACUCAACAAGCUAAAACCUAUCUUUCUGUACAGAAGCAUCUCCUUGAAAUUUCAUUAAAUUUUUUCAGCUAGAAUAUCUUUGAAAAGUUUUUGGGUUUUGUAAAUUGAUUUUUUUGACAAAUUCUUCAAUAACAUUUUAUGAUCAGCAGUCUGUAUGUGUAUAUUUGUAAAUACUAUGUUUCUGUGAAAAGUAUUACAUAAUAAUAAAGAAGGAAACGUCUUUCAUUA